UCCAGGAGGCCUUUGCGAUUCAUGCCUCCGUGUGGUAGACCAGUACCAGGGACCCAGGUCACUUUGUUCAUCCGUUUCUGGAGCUUGGUAGGUCGUUGGACAUUUGAGACAUUUAGACACUUAGGUGGGUCGCCGUCGGCAGCAGAGCGCACUCUGAAAUAAUCUGGAGCACUUGUGUAGCAGCCAGGCAGUGCAGGGGCAUCACAGUGUUAGCAGCGCAUAGCCCACUGCUCGUUAACACCCGCGCCAGAGUUCAGGCGCAGUGCAGUUCCCUUGGCAGUGUCCUGAUGCUCCUGGAAGGUCCGAGCUGUCCGGCCACCCGUAGUGAACUGUGACCUGUGACUUGUUUUUGGUUCCGGUGGGACUCUGUUCAGAGAAGUCACGGUGGUGAGUUGCUUGGUCUGCCUGUGCAGGCACCAGACUGACAGUGGUUUCUCUUUAGCAGGCAGUUCCGGCGAAGGGGGAGACCAAGCAGGACUGCUGCAUGAAGACCGAGCUGCUGAGAGAAGAAGAGAUCUCUAUGGCCACCGAUGAAGGCUCCCCCAAGAAGCUGGGAGGAGAUGCCCAUGUGGCCGCAGACGGGGCCACCAACGGGUCCUGUGAGAAGAGCGAUGCUGGCAGGCAUGUCAACGCAGCCGAGCAUACUCAGGAAACCUCGAAAGCCAGCCCCCAGGAAGGUCCCAAUAAAUUAGCCCGGAUAGCGGAAAACGGGGUUUCAGAAAGAGACACUGAAGCGGAGAAGCAGAACCACGUCCAGGCUGAGGACCUCACACAGACAGCCGUCGUUGGGAGCAACGGGUACUUCCUGGGUAAACCAGCCCUGCAGGAGCCAGCCCUGCGAGUCCCCAGCACCUUGGCACCCUCCCUUCCUGGUCAUGCUGCGAAGACCCUCCCCGGAGUGGCCGGCAAAGGGCGGACUCCCAGUGUGCUCUCUCAGACGCCAGCCACCGCUGCACCAGCUAGGCCUGGGGAGGGGAGCAAAGACUCAGAGGACAAGAAGCCCACGGCACCGGGCACGGAUGUCAAGGUUCAUAGGGCUCGGAAGACCAUGCCGAAAUCCAUCCUGGGCCUGCCUGCAGCCGGCAAGGACCCCAGAGAAGCUCGAGAAGCUCGAAGUCAUGAGGAGCCAGCAGAGGAGAUCAGCAAGAACAUUGCUGAUUUUGGACGACAGCAGCUUUUGCCCCCCUUCCCACCCCUUCAUCAGUCGCUACCUCAAAACCAGUGCUACAUGGCCACCACAAAGUCACAGACAGCUUUCUUGCCUUUUGUUUUAGCAGCUGCAGUGUCUCGGAAGAAGAAACGAAGAAUGGGGACCUACAGCCUGGUUCCCAGGAAGAAGGCCAAAGCGUUGAAGCAGAGGACGGUGGUCGAGAUGUUUAAGAGUAUAGCUCAUUCCACUGCGGGCGCCAAGAGCGAGAAGGACCUGGGUGACAGCACCCUUCAUGUGAAUGGGGAGAGCAUGGAGAUCGAGUCAGAGGAGGAUGACUCUGAGGAGCUCGACGAAGACGAGGACCAGGGCGCUGAGCAGGCUGCCGCUUUCCCCACGGAGGACAGCAGGACUUCUAAAGAGAGCGUAUCGGAGAGUGACCGCACCCAGAAGAUGGACGGCGAGUCCGAAGAGGAGCAGGAGUCGGCUGGCACCGGGGAGGAGGAGGAGGAGGACGAGUCGGACCUGAGCUCCGAGUCCAGCAUCAAGAAGAAGUUUCUCAAGAGGAAAGGGAAGCCUGACAGCCCCUGGGUCAAACCAGCCAGGAAGAGGAGGCGGAGAAAUAAGAAGAAGCUGAGCGGCGUGCUAGGUCCUGAAGCCUACACAUCGUCUUCGGGAAGCACAGAGCCGGUGGCACCCGGGGACAGUGCGGGGUACAUGGAAGUGUCCCUGGACUCCCUGGAUCUCCGUGUCAAGGGGACGCUGCCCUCACAGGCAGAAGGGCUGGCUAAUGGUCCCGACAUGGGAGAGACAGACGGCCUCCAAGAGGUGCCCCUCUGCAGCUGCCGGAUGGAAACCCCGAAAAGCCGAGAGAUCACCAUUCUGGCCAACAACCAGUGCAUGGCCACGGAAAGCGUGGACCACGAGCUGGGCAGGUGCACCAACAGCGUGGUCAAGCACGAGCUGAUGCGCCCGUCCAGCAAGGCGCCGCUCCUGGUGCUGUGUGAAGACCACCGGGGCCGGAUGGUGAAGCACCAGUGCUGCCCAGGCUGUGGCUACUUCUGCACGGCGGGCAACUUCAUGGAGUGUCAGCCCGAGAGCAGCAUCUCUCACCGCUUUCACAGAGACUGUGCCUCUCGAGUCAAUAAUUCCAGCUACUGCCCCCACUGUGGGGAGGAGACCUCCAAGGCCAAAGAGGUGACGAUUGCAAAAGCAGAUACGACCUCCACCGUGACCCUGGCCCCGGGGCAGGACAAGAGCUCUACAGGCGAGGGGAGGGCUGACACCACCACAGGCAGCGCUGCUGGCCCCCUGCUCUCAGAGGACGACAAGCCGCAGAGCACGGCUGCCUCGGUGCCCGAGAGCUUCGACCCUGCAGGGCCGGCGGGGCUGGCGAGGUCAGGACCUGGGAAGGAGACCCUGGAAAGUGCUCUCAUCGCCUUGGACUCAGAAAAACCCAAGAAGCUCCGCUUCCACCCCAAGCAGCUGUACUUCUCUGCCCGGCAAGGCGAGCUUCAGAAGGUGCUGCUCAUGCUGGUUGACGGAAUCGAUCCCAACUUCAAGAUGGAGCACCAGAGCAAGCGGUCCCCACUGCACGCCGCUGCGGAGGCCGGCCAUGUGGACAUCUGCCACAUGCUGAUCCAGGCGGGAGCCAACAUCGACACCUGCUCGGAGGACCAGAGGACCCCACUGAUGGAGGCGGCAGAGAACAACCACCUGGACGCAGUGAGGUACCUCAUCAAGGCCGGCGCCCUCGUCGACCCCAAGGAUGCUGAGGGUUCCACCUGUUUGCACCUUGCCGCCAAGAAAGGCCACUAUGAUGUGGUUCAGUACCUGCUUUCAAAUGGACAAAUGGAUGUCAACUGUCAGGAUGAUGGUGGCUGGACACCCAUGAUUUGGGCCACGGAGUACAAGCACCUGGACCUGGUGAAGCUGCUGCUCGCCAAGGGCUCGGAUGUCAACGUCCGGGACAACGAGGAGAACAUCUGUCUGCACUGGGCGGCCUUCUCGGGCUGCGUGGACAUCGCUGAGAUUCUGCUGGCCGCCAGGUGCGACCUGCAUGCCGUGAACAUCCACGGGGACUCGCCGCUCCACAUAGCCGCCCGGGAGGACCGCUACGCCUGCGUCGUCCUCUUUCUCUCUCGGGAUUCAGAUGUCAACUUGAAAAACAAGGAGGGAGAGACGCCCCUGCAGUGUGCGAGUCUCAACUCUCAGGUGUGGAAGGCUCUGCAGAUGAGCAAGGCGCUUCGAGACUCUGCCCCAGGCAGGCCAGUCCCCGCAGAGAGGACCGUGAGCAGAGACAUCGCUCGAGGCUACGAGCGCAUCCCCAUUCCCUGCGUCAACGCCGUGGACAGCGAGCCCAGCCCCAGCAACUACAAGUACGUGUCUCAGAACUGUGUGACGUCCCCCAUGAACAUCGACAGGAACAUCACCCACCUGCAGUACUGCGUCUGCAUCGACGACUGCUCCUCCAGCAACUGCAUGUGUGGCCAGCUCAGCAUGCGUUGCUGGUACGACAAGGAUGGGCGGCUGCUGCCAGAGUUCAACAUGGCGGAGCCGCCCCUGCUGUUCGAGUGCAACCACGCCUGCGCCUGCUGGAGGACCUGCCGCAACCGCGUCGUGCAGAACGGCCUCCGGGCAAGGCUGCAACUCUACCGCACACAGAAUAUGGGCUGGGGCGUGCGGACCCUGCAGGACAUCCCUGUGGGCACCUUCGUCUGCGAGUACGUUGGCGAGCUCAUCUCGGACUCGGAGGCUGACGUUCGGGAAGAGGACUCUUACCUCUUUGAUCUUGACAACAAGGACGGGGAGCUGUACUGCAUCGACGCCCGGUUCUACGGGAACGUCAGCCGCUUCAUCAACCACCACUGCGAGCCCAACCUGGUGCCCGUGCGCGUGUUCAUGUCCCACCAGGACCUGCGCUUCCCCAGGAUCGCCUUCUUCAGCACCCGCCUGAUCGAGGCGGGGGAGCAGCUGGGGUUCGACUAUGGGCAGCGCUUCUGGGACAUCAAAGGCAAGCUGUUCAGCUGCCGCUGCGGGUCUCCCAAGUGCCGGCACUCCAGCUCCGCCCUGGCCCAGCGGCAGGCCAGCGCCCAGGAGGCCCCAGAGGACGGCUUGCCCGACACCAGCUCUUGCAGCACCGACUCCUGAUGAGACAUCUGGUCCUGUUCACACUGCAGUUUAGGGAGGAAGGGAAAGUGCUCGUGGCGGUGAGGGCCUCGCCGGGUGGAGGGGCCGAGCCAGGGCUGCGCAGGGAGCGGCCGCUCUACACGCUCUGGAUUCACGCUGGCACAACCGUGUGAGUUUCUGACCGGUUUUGCCGUUUCCACGUUUCUCGUUUCCCCUCUGUUCCCCGUGGUCCCAUCCCACCUGUGGGCAGGUGGGCAACGUCCUGUCAGCCCAGACUCCUCUGUGUGGCACCUGCCGAAGCCAUCGUCACCCACAAGCUGCUCCGUCAGACCCACCCACUCGCGGUCCCAGUUGCUGCACAGACACCGUCCCCACCGCCAUCGGAGAGCGAUCGGGCCAAGCUGCCAUGGACUUCGGAGAAAAUGUGUUUGCUUUUUAAAGAAACCCUGAACCUGGUCCCAUGUCCGACCUCCGCACGCCGCUAACCAGGAGGCGGCCAGUGGGUGCCGGAGCCCGACCCAAGGACACCGCACAGCCUGGCAGGGCUGAGACGCUGGCCCUUCUGUCGGUUUUUUAGCCACAUGCUAUGAUGAUGGAUAAACUGAUUUAUUUUCUACCAUUACCGAACAUUAGGACAAAAACAAAACAACAGACAACGGUGCUGAUUCUGGUGCGGUCUCCCCACCACGUGAAGUAAAUAUCAACUGUACAAAGAACAAAGUGACUUAGGGUAUCGCAGGAACACUUUUUUAAAGCGUUAGUCUUGUAGCGUGAAUAAAUUCGCCCCUGCCUUUUGUGUGGGGGCCUGCAGGUCAUACCUUUUUUUUGGCAUAUACUUUUCUAAAUACUGUAACUAGUGCAGUAACCGUGGGGUUUUUUUGUGCAACUUCUAAAACAUUCAUAAUGCAGUCAUGUUUAUUUUUUUCUGUUAAAAUGUUUUUGACAGUUUUAAGAGCAGUCUUUUGGCUCAGACCAUUUCUUGUUCUGUUUUCAAUGAAAUCAAUAAAAAAAAAGAAUUUAA